UAGCAGUCCCCCUAUUAAGACUGUAAAGUUUGCAUAGAGACCACAGACUCGAAUGCUCGACAACCUCGCUUCAUAUAUCCAACAGAUCGAAGCGUUAUCUUAUCAGUGAUCUCGGGCAAGCCAAGAUGCUCGUUCAUGUUCCUGGCGCCGUUCGGUGCCCCGCUGCGGAGGGUCCGGCUACCUAGCCUGAACCCCCAAUUGAACCUGGGGACCAAUCACAGCCGACGCCCGCGUUGGAGCUGGCCGGGACCUGAAGCUGAUAUGUGGAUAUCGAUUGUAAGGUGGCCUUAACUUUUUGUUAGCUGUCUCCGGCGCGGUGCUGGACGAGGCUGAUGCACUUUGGUUUCAUCUCAACUGCAAAGUUGCCAGCAAACGAUUCACUGCUUCGUGGUGGAAUUCUGCUGAUGAUCCCGCUCUUCAAUUGAUGCCGCUCCGUUGAUUCUGAGCCAAGCAGCAGGUCCCCAUUUUCUGACAAGACACAUUCCAAUCCUAAAAAAGCCCACGCCCCGCGAGUGUGGAACCUUCGACCUUACACCUGAGACUGGUCCAACAAACGACGACGAACAAAUAGGCAAGAUGGCUGCGAAAUCGAGAUUCACAAAGCUCGAUGCUUUUACAAAGACGGUGGAGGAUGCGCGAAUCAGGACGACGUCGGGUGGUAUCGUUACCAUCGUCUCGUUGAUUGUGGUGUUCUUCCUGGCUUGGGGAGAAUGGCAGGACUACAGGAGGAUAGAGAUCCAUCCCGAGCUGAUUGUUGACAAGGGGAGAGGCGAGCGCAUGGAGAUUCACCUCAACGUCAGCUUCCCACGAGUGCCCUGCGAGCUGCUGACCCUCGAUGUCAUGGAUGUAUCCGGCGAGCAACAACACGGCGUCCAACACGGUGUCGUCAAGACUAGACUGCGUCCUCUCAGCGAGGGUGGCGGUGUUAUCGAAGCCAAGGCUCUGGCUCUCCAUGCUCGCGACGAAGAAGCUGCCCACCUCGAUCCCAACUACUGCGGUCCCUGCUAUGGCGCUGCUCCCCCUGUCCACGCGCAAAAGCCCAACUGCUGCCAAACAUGCGACGAGGUCAAGGAGGCGUAUGCCGCUCAGGCUUGGGCUUUCGGUAGGGGCGAGGGUAUCGAGCAGUGCGAGCGCGAGCACUACGCUGAGAAGCUCGACGAGCAGCGCAAUGAGGGCUGUCGCAUCGAGGGUAACGUUCGUGUGAACAAGGUCAUUGGCAACUUCCAUAUUGCCCCUGGCAAGAGUUUCAGCAACGGAAACAUGCACGUCCACGACCUCAAGAACUAUUGGGACACGCCUGUUAAGCACACCUUCACCCACGAGAUCCAUCAUCUGCGCUUCGGCCCGCAGCUUCCUGAUGGUCUGGCGAAGAAGCUUGGCAAGAAUAAGGCUCUACCAUGGACCAACCACCACGUCAACCCCCUUGACAACACUCACCAGGAGACCGAUGAUGUCAACUACAACUUCAUGUACUUCAUCAAGAUUGUGCCCACCUCUUAUCUUCCUCUCGGCUGGGAGAAGACAUGGCAGGGAUUCAAGGACCAGCACCACAAGGAGCUGGGUUCGUUUGGUCAAUCGGCCGAUGGCAGCCUUGAGACUCACCAGUAUUCGGUUACCAGCCAUAGGCGCAGCUUGUCCGGUGGUGAUGAUGGUUCUGAGGGCCACAAGGAGCGCCUCCACGCCAAGGGUGGUAUUCCCGGCGUCUUCUUCUCCUAUGACAUCUCCCCCAUGAAGGUUAUCAACAGAGAGGAAAGGCCAAAGUCGUUCCUCGGUUUCCUGGCUGGUCUCUGUGCCAUCGUCGGUGGUACCCUGACCGUGGCCGCUGCUGUCGACCGUGCUCUGUUUGAGGGUGGCAUGAAGCUCAAGAAGUUGAGGUCCAAGGAUCUAUAA